UUCAUGUUUUGCGUCACUCGAGGUACGAAACUCAAUGAAUUUUAGUGUGGUGCUUUCUGUCUGACGAAUGAAGGACUUCCAAUGUUUUUGAAGAUGGAAAAACCGUUUGUAAUUCAUGAGGCCACAGACACUGUGAUGUUAUCAUUUUCUCAGCGCAGUUAGAAGGUUAGCGCUGGACGUUCAAACAGAUAUAUACAUUACACAAGUAAUAGCCAUCCUUCAUAACCCACAUUAGCGACGAGAAAAUCUUCGAGUGGCUCUGGGAACGAAAACUUGCCGUCAGUCCCAGCCCUCACUCAGUCACUGACUGCGCAAGAGUGCAAGAUGGCGAUUUAGGUGGAACACGAAACCAUAUACAAAGUCCUGAAGUCUCUCGCUCACGUAUGAGCACUCUUCAAAAUGCCCAGAGUGGUAAAACCACAAAUGGACAGUCCGAGAAGACAGGCCACGAUAAAAAACCUAUUAUUCAGAGCCAGAGAUUUAGUCACAAAAGAAAGCAGGUGGAGGACACAAGGAAAGGUGGGUCCACAGUAGCUGGCAAAAGUUUGAUGGAGACCUCAAACGAUCCUGGCUCAAAAUAUGCGCAAGAUGAUGGAACAGAGGGUAGAGGAGUACAAGGCACAUCAGGGGCUGACAAGAGUUCAACGGUCUUGAACAAUGAGCAGCAGAAUACGACAGUAGAAGGAGGAGCACAAGACACGAAUCGUAAAACGCCAAAGAGGCGGCGUUCAAGAACAAAACGCAAAAAAAACAAAAGUGCAGACAGCGGUGAAAUUCCCGAGCUACAAAAUAGACUGCCAGGUAAAGCGACAGAAAAAGACAGUGAAAGCCGAGAUGGGAUUCAAAAGCAAGAACAUAGGCAUUCGCCAAAGAAAGCUGGUAGUAUUGAUAGUGUUUCACAGUCAGCCACCGAGGGGCAGAAGAGCAGUAGUACAAAAGAAGUAACAAAGAAGCAAGACGCUGUCGAAAAGAACAAACAACCAAGCCAGAAAGUCAAGGAAAGAACAAACACGGUUGAUUCCUCAGGGGGCAAAGAUGUUACGAUGGUUCAAAGUCAUGUGCAAGCUGAUGCGAUGAUAGCAGAUAGCCGGAAGGAAGACGAAUUUGGACAACGAGGGAGGACUACUCAUCGGCAGAAUAGACGUUCAGGGUCAAGAGGUGCUGUUGGGGAAAGCUCCCCCCUCCGUGCAGCUCAGGAAGGGCUAGAGAAAAUAAAGGAUCGAGAAAAUGCCCAGAGCCGAAAAGAAAAUCAAAGUCGAAACGAAACAAGCCAAACUGUAAGGAUAGAGAGUAAAGAGAAACAACGACCAAUUCCUAAAGAAAAGAGACUGGCAAACGAAAGACAGAGUGCAGUUCUCAAUGGUAACAACAACCUGUCGGAAAACGAGGCACGUAGCAGAGAAACUGAAAUUGUAAGUGAUCACGUGAAAAUCGUGUCCGCAACCAAGGAAGGAGUCCCUUCGAGCAGAGAAAAAAAAGCAAAACAAGCAAUUAACAGAUUGGAAUCUCAAAGAAAGCCUCCAUCAGUCAAUGCUAUGACAGGUUUCCUCACAAAAACUCCACAAGAAAUCGUUAAUUGGUUAAUCCGAGAUCAUUCAUCCUUGUUUAAAAAACAACUUAAAAUCAAAGAUGAAGCGGUUGCUGUCCUAUUGAAACUUCUGGCCAAAGCUUGUGAUUGCGAGUCUUCCAGUAACCUUAAGAAGCUUUUCAAAGUGUUAUCAUCAUCCUGGCUGCUCAACCGAAGGGCUUUGGCCAUUCUGAACCAGCUAACUGGGAAGGAAUCGAAGACAUCCCAAAACGAGCAUUUUACUAUGGAAACAAUCAGGGAAAUGGCUAAAGUGCAGACAGAGAUCCUUAGAAGACACCCAACUAAAAAGUACCCUCUGAUGGAGAAACUCCAUGGGCUGGUAAAUGCUCGCAAGUUACAAGAUCAAGGCGUGAUCUCUGUUGUGCAAGAGCAACAGAAACUGUUGAGUAAGGAGAAAGUUGAACAAUGCAAAAAAGAGGCAGUGCAAAAGAGAAAAAGUGCCAAAGCUGAUGUUACCGAUGUUAAGAUGAAGCCGCCCGGGAAAAGCUCAGAACCUCCAAACUUGGAAGCAAAACAAACUGUUGCUACAACUAUCGAAGGGAAGAAAUUUCGCAAGAGUACCUUCCCUCUCGGUGCGGCCGAGCAAGGGCUGGAGCAAACAAAGGAUGGAGAGUAUGCGACAAGUCAACAAAAAGUUCAAAAUGGAAAUGAAAUGAGUCAAACCGUUGGUCGAGAGAACAAAUCAAUAAAAGAAGGAAUUCCUCAUGAAACGAAAGAGGAAAAUACAAGUCAAAAUGGAUUUAUCAACGGCAAUAGCAACUUUUCAGAGAACGGGGUACAAAGCGGGGAAAUUGAAAGUGAUCGGGUGAAAAACCGGUCCGAGAAUAAGGCAGAAGUUCCUUCGAGCAACGGAAAAAAAGCAGAACAAGCAAUUGACAGAUUGGAAUCUCAAAGAAAGCCUCCAUCAGUCAAAGCUAUGACAGAUUUCCUCUUAAAAACUCCGCAAGAAAUCGUGAAGUGGUUAAUGCUGGAUCAUCCUUCCCUAUUUAAAAGGCAACUUAAAAUCAAAGAUGAAGCGGUUGCUGUCCUACUGAAACUUCUGGCAAAAGCGUGUGAUUCCGAGUCUUCCAGUAACCUUAUAGCGCUUUUCAGAGUGUUAUCAACAUCCUGGCUGCUCAACCGAAGGGCUUUGGCCAUUCUGAACCAGCUAACUGGGAAGGAAUCGAAGACAUCCCAAAAUAAGCAUUUUACUAUGGAAACAAUCAGGGAAAUGGCUAAAGUGCAGACAGAGAUCCUUAGAAGAUACCCAAAUAAAAAGUACCCGCUGAUGGAGAAACUCCAUAGGCUGGUAAAUGCUCGCAAGUUACAAGAUCAAGGCGUGAUCUCUGUUGUGCAAGAGCAACAGAAACUGUUGAGUAAGGAGAAAGUUGCACAAUGCAAAAAAGAGGCAGUGCAAAAGAGAAAAAGUGCCAAAGCUGAUAUUACCGAUGACAACUUGAAGCCUCCCGAGAAUUUUCGCUUGCUGAGUGUUAUUCCAACUCGUGAGGACAUCAUUUCAAACCAGGGCCAAGACCAAAAGCUGUUCCUCAGAAAGAACAAAGUUGAAGGGCACUACAACGACGAGGAACACUAUUUAGACGUUCAGUUUCGGCUUCUACGUGAAGACUUCUUAAGACCUCUUCGCAAAGGGAUCCAACACUUAAUGGGCAAAGACGUCCCUGAUGAUACCGAUGACGAUAAUGUAGGAGAUGUCAGAGUCUACAAAGAUGUGAGAAUACUACGGCCUGCGUGUACUUCAAAUGGAGUCGCAUUCAAGAUUAAGUUUGAUGUUACAGGUUUCAGUCGAGUUCGAUGGGAGAACAGUAAGAGACUGAUAUUUGGAUCAUUGUUGUGUCUAUCGAAGGACAAUUUUAAGAGCUUCGCUUUUGCCACCGUCGCAAAUAGAGAACUAAGCGAUAUAAGAAAGGGCGAACUAGAAGUGCAGUUUGUCUCGCCUGGUGGUGAAGCCAGAAUACACACGGGAGAUUUAUGCCAAAUGGUCGAGUCCAUAGCUUUCUUUGAGGCAUAUCGACCAGUGCUUGAAGGAUUGAAGACGGUACCUUCCGGAGAAUUUCCUUUUCAGAGAUACAUUGUGAAGUGUCAGACAGAUGUACAACCACCAGCCUACCUAAGGAAACCCGGUGGUCACCAUGCAAAGUUCGAUUUUUCUCCUCUUUUUUCAAACGAAGAAUCACUUGAUCACAAGUCGAGUCCCGCAUGUGCGCCAAAGCGUGAGACUCCUGGUGGUGGUCUUAAAGUCUCAGGUAACCAUGCUGGACUAUUGGUCUCAGUGUUGGACCCAGCCUCCUGGCCGGCAGCGGAGGAUCUGAAGUUGGAUGAUUCACAAUUUAACGCCUUACAGCUGGCGCUGACCAAAGAGUUUGCAGUAAUCCAGGGACCGCCAGGCACCGGAAAAACCUACAUUGGAUUGAUGAUAGCAAAGGUUCUUUUGCACAACACAAGCGUUUGGCACGGAAGAGAAGGAGGACCUAUCCUUGUCGUCUGUUACACUAACCACGCCCUGGACCAAUUCUUGGAAGGAAUCCACGCCUUUCACCCGGAAGGAAUUGUCCGUGUUGGAGGAAGAAGUAACAGCGAGACCAUUCAAGAAUGUAGUCUCGCAAAAAUUAAACAAACAAGGAGGGAGGAGAAUCUGACACCUGUUAAAAUCAGAAAAACUUAUGGUAAGAUUCGAGGAGAAAUGAAAAGUCUGUCAGCCAUGAUUGAUGAUCACGAGGAAAUGUUGCACGAAUUAUUGAGGACUUUGCUUCACGAGGAUGAGCUUGUGGAUUACGGCAUGGUCCAGAAGCACUACGAUUCCUUGACGAGGGGAUCACGAAAUAAUGGAGCAAAGAAAAGAGAAUCAGUCAUUCCUCAGUGGCUUGGGCUUCCCGUAGAGCCAGCGGACCCUUACCAGGAAGGUUUCUCUCAACCUCUUGCUAUGUUUCCCUUUAAUGCUGAGUGUGGAAGUCUGGAGUAUUUCUCUCAAGAAAAUAUAGCUUAUUUAUCACCACGUGUUCGGUACGCCCCAGGUGUUGAUGGGAGUCCAAGAGGCUCUAUAGAACUAACUGGAUCUGCUGACUCGUUCAUAGAGAUUCCAAAUUGGUUGGGAGGGUUUGCAGACGCUGGGAUUUCCAUAACGUUGCUAGCAUUUAUCUACCCUUUGGGAGGAUGCGGACCAGUUGUUAGCUAUGAGGUUCACGGUUGUGGUGUUCAACUUUGGCAUGGUGGUUUUGAGGGAGAAAUGGGUGUAUUGACAGCUUGCUUCACUCAAAGAGAUCUUCUGCCUUCCGCGUCUUAUCUAGGAGCAGCUGUUUUGCGCAUGAAUGAAUGGAACUUCAUCGGUGCCUCUUAUGAUCACGACUCUGGAUUUGCUCGUUUGUGGCACGAUGGAAAUGAAGUAAUGGCUGUAUUUAUUGGGGAGAAUUCUUAUUUGGCGACGCAGUUCCCCAUAAGGAUCGGUGCUCUCGCGAGCACCUGGGUGGGGUGUAGCUUCAAAGGGAGAAUUUCGCAUUUGCACAUAUACGCCGAGUCACUGACAGCCGAGAACAUUCGAGCAGUCGGAGGCAUGCCUUCACACGAGACUUACAGGUUCAGCGAAGAGAACGCAGGAGAGGCAGGAGGUAAAAACAACGAAGAACAAGGAGAAUUUGACUACAAGGAGAGUUCAGCUGAUUUUCGAUUUGACGCUAAUGUCUUGCAAGAUCGAAGGAUAUUAGAAACGGAUGAGGUUACCAGAUUUGAGCGCGAGUCUUCCUCGUCUCAUUUGAACACGAACGACACGAACGAUGAGUGCGAGUUUCCAAUGUGUACUCAUGAAGGUGCAUCAAGGGGCAACUGGCAAUUCCAGAAUUCAAAGCGAAUCAAGCAAAAGAUUAAACGAAUUAUUCAGAGAGAGCUUCAGCGAGAAGACGUUAUGAGUGAAGAAGAAGCCUCUGAGGUGGAGGAUGUGUGGAAUUUGUCUGAGAAAAACCGCUGGCGUCUAUAUCGCAGAUGGAUGUUCGAUGCACGUGAGACUUGCGCCGAGCAUAUCUGUGAUUUCCAAGAAUUGUAUGAUGAUCAAGUUCUUCAGUUAAAAGAAGUAAGGAAACAAGAGGAAUGCGAGAUCCUUAAAAAAGCUGAUGUCAUUGGAAUGACCACGACAGGUGCUGCCCGGUAUCACAGUUUGUUACAAGACAUUCAACCGACAAUUACUAUCGUGGAAGAAGCCGCUGAAGUGCUAGAAGCGCACAUUGUAACCUCUCUAACCAAAGGAUGUAAGCAUUUGAUUCUGAUUGGUGAUCAUCAGCAGCUCCGACCCAAUCCCACAGUCUACGAUCUCCAAAUCAACUACGAUUUAGACGUAUCCUUGUUUGAGAGAAUGGUAAAGAACGGAAUGAAGUUCUCAAGGCUGAGCCUACAGCACCGAAUGAGACCAGAGAUCGCCAAGAUGUUGGAUCACAUUUAUGUAGAACCGAAACUGGAGAAUCACGAGUCUGUUCUUAAAUUUGAAAACGUAAAGGGCGUGGAAAGAAAUUUGUUCUUUGUGGAUCACAGAAACAAAGAGAAUUUUAUUCGUGAAGGAAAAAGCAAAUCCAAUGCCCACGAAGCAAAAUUUUUGACAGCACUAUGUCGUUACUUCAUUCAACAAGGUUAUCAGCCAUCACAGAUAACUAUUCUCACAGCCUACAGUGGACAGCUCGUCGAAUUCAGGAAAGAGAUGAUAGACGACAAAGAGUUUUUUGAAGGAGUUCGUGUUACAGCAGUGGAUAAUUUCCAAGGAGAAGAAAAUGACAUCAUUCUUCUUUCGCUCGUCCGCAGUGAAAGGAUUGGUUUCCUCAAAAUUGCAAAUCGUGUUUGUGUCGCUUUAUCACGAGCUCGUAAAGGCUUCUACAUCAUUGGAAAUUCGACACUUUUAGCAGAGGAAGACCCUAAUCUUUGGGCAAAAAUCAUCGCAGAUAUGCAGGAGGAUGGCAAUCUAGGCAAUGAAUUGAAACUGGUUUGUCAGAACCAUCCCCAGAAUGUAAUUCACGCUUCUUGUGCUGAGGAUUUUGAAGACUCUCCCGAAGGAGGUUGCAAAGAAACGUGUAUGAUGACGCUGGAAUGUGAACACGUCUGCGAGAGAUUAUGUCACCCGAUUGAUCUUGAGCACAAAGAGAAAUUUGCUUGCGAGAAGCCUUGUACCAGAACCAUUUGUGACCUUCAGCACAUCUGCCCCAGGACAUGUGCCGAAAAGUGUGGUCCUUGUAUGGAGAGAGUGGUGAAGGUCAUCCCGGGAUGUGAUCACGAGCAGCUUGUCCCUUGCUCCAUCGAUGCUACUGCCUUCAAGUGCCAGGUGAGGGUGUCAAAGGAAACCUCUCCCUGUGGCCAUAUCAAUGAGGUGGAGUGUUUUGUGGCCCCCGCUGACAUCACCUGCAAGGAGCCUUGUAGUAAAUUAGAGUGUGGACAUCCAUGUCCCGGUUACUGUGAUCGAUGUCAGGGAGGCCGUCUCCAUUUGCCAUGCCGGUCUCCAUGCAGCCGAACACUUUUCUGCGGCCACACUUGUGUGGAUAAAUGUGUAAAGUCCUGUCCACCCUGCUCAUCAAAAUGUCGUAAUCAUUGCGAUCACCAAAUCUGCGAACGGAGUUGUGGUGAUCCUUGUCAGCCAUGCUUUGAGGAGUGCUUAUGGCAGUGUCCACAUCAUAAAUGUACUAAACGUUGCGGAGAGAUUUGCGACCGACCGAGAUGCGAUGAGCCAUGCUCUAGGCUGCUACCGUGUGGCCAUGUGUGUGUCGGUGUUUGUGGCGAUAUUUGUCCCGAAUUAUGCCGAGUUUGCGAUGCGGUUGAGUUCCGCGAGAGUGCGUCUGGAGCAAUGUUCAUUGAACUUGUUGACUGUGGUCACGUGGUUGAAGUUGGGCAACUGGACAAAUGGAUGGACGGAAGAGAUAAAGCCGACGCACAGGCUGGAAAGGACGAUGCCGAAAUCAGAUAUAAAGUUUGCCCGGAGUGCAGAACUCCAAUUCUGUACAGUCGUAGGUAUGGAAAACUAGUCAAGGAAAUUCGUGCCGAUUUUGAAGCUAUAAAGCGUCGAGUUCGUCUCGCUGAUGUCACAAGCAUUGACCAGAUACAGAAGAUUCGGCAAGAGGCUCAAGUGGUCAAAGAAAUUCCGAAGAAAUUGCUUGAGGACAUCGCCAAAUGUGGCACCGGUGGUCGUAGUGCUUGUGAAGAAGUCAACACUUAUGAAAAUCGAGUGACUUUCCUGAAAUUUCUUGGAAGUUUAAUCACAAAGCACAAGAUCACAAAAGAAUCCAACUGUGAGAUAUAUGACAGAAUAAAUCUCCUGAAAGCACGGGUAAUGAUGAGGCGGGAUUGCUUCAGUGAACAGGAACUCAAUGAAUUUCGGAAUGAGUUGUUACGAACAAAGCUUCUGGUGUCUUUCAAAGGCUUGACGACUACUCUCGAAACUAACAAGUCAGUCCUCAGUCUCUGUUCUGGUGAUGCCAAAACUGUAGAAUCUAUAAGAAGUGCUCUGGAAUCCGGCAAAGUAAUCGCUCGUAACAAAAUAGAAGAGUUCUUGGAUGAUAUCAAUGGAAUAGAGCAGAGGCAUGGGCUCUCAAAGAAAGAGGAGGAAAAUUUUUGCUUAGAAAAGUUGAGGGAUGAGAUUGUCAAGUCGAAGCACUUAACACAAGGACCCUGGUACAAAUGCAAGAAAGGUCAUAUUUACCCAGCUGCAGAAUGCAGUGAAAACGAAUUCUCGAUUAAGUGUCCAGAUUGUCUUGCAGCAGCAAGGACUACUGAAUCACAUACCAAGACCGUUCCUACUCCGGUGAAACUCAGCGAGUUCAUGAAUGCGACGUUUAAAAAUGAGUUCGCGGUGAGCUCUAAAAGGCGGAGGAAAAAACGCCCAUCCAAAACUUCCAAGGCCCACAAAUGAGCUCUUGAAUUUGAGAGAUUUCUCAGACGUUCAAUCAUUUCAAACUGGGGAUAUUAUUUUUAUCGAUUAUCGUCUAUCUUAACCGUUCCCUUCCUGAUUUACAAUUAUAUUCUUUUAGAAGUUCGACAAGCACUCUAAUCAAAAAAUGAACGUCACAAAAAGAAUGAUUUUAUAGUCAUAACCUACAUGAUUUACUGGUUACAAGAAACCAAUCAACCGAAGAACUUAGUGUUAAAUUGCUCCUUACCACACCAGUUGCGGGAGUUUGAUUCUGCCGGCAACCAGUCUGAAUAUUGAGGGAAGAUUACUGGCGAAGUAGUUCUCUCCAAGCUUUUCGAUAAAAAAUUAAGCGCCAAUUUUAAAUGACGGUUUUUUACUUCCUGUAGGGGAGGGGUAACGAGAAUUUAAAGCCUUUGCAUUUAUCUUGAAUACGGCUAUUUUGAAUUGUUAUGACCUACUAAAAUAAGAAGUGUUUGGGAACUACUAAAAUUGGGGAUGUUUUGACUAAGUGUUUGGAAAUUGUUUCGGUCUGUUAGGUCAUUUUGGAAUCCUUAUGCGAGUCUUAUGAGCCUUGUUUUGUUAUGAGCUGACCUCCUUUUAUUUUUACCUCUUGAGUGAUGUGUCCUUGACCGUUGUGAUAGGACUUAAUUCUCGCACGAUUAUCGCCAUCGCUAGUCAUGUUUGGGUUUGUCUUUGACCUUGCUUAGAAUCUUCAAUGGGAGGUUUUGUUUGGGUUUUGGUUCUCGAAUAUUGGUUGACGGAUGUUAAGUACUUUGUUUUUCAUUUCGAAUGUCUUUUGAGGUUGUUUUGGUUAACCUUCUAAAAACAUGUUUACUCUGCCGAGGUCAGUUGUCCUGUAAGCCCAAACAUCCCUACCGAUAAAGUAUUUAAGAGCGUGUACUAAGAGCUGAAGUAAUAGAAGUGAGACCGAGUCCCAGAGAGUGAAAUAAAGGUCCUGAACAGA